AUGGACAGAACUUUAGUUAUGUUCAAAUGAAUUAUUGAAUCAUGAUUUUCCCUUUCCAAAGGACCACACCCCUUUUUCUUCUACUUCUAAUCUUCUUUGCUAUACAGUACUGAAUCUCUCUCAAGAUCCUAAACUGAAAAACCAUGGCUGAGUUAAUGGUGGGAGGAGCUCUUCUUUCUGGUUUCAUCAAUGUCCUCUUUGAUAGGCUUGCUUCUAAAGACGUCCUUCACUUCUUUCAUGGGGACAAGCUCAAUCAAAAACUGCUUAAAAAGUUGAAGACUAUGUUGCUUUCGGCUAAUGCGCUGUUGAAUGAUGCCGAGGACAAACAACUUGGAGACAACAACGUGAGGAAUUGGCUUGACGAGCUUAAGGAAGUCUUGUAUGAAGCAGACCAUGUGAUGGACAAGAUAAGUACUGAAGCUCUACGACUCGAGGUGGAGAAGGAUAAACUCGAAAGCACAUCAGCAAGUAAGCCCUUCAGCUUUGUCUUUAAUGAUCCAUUUGAAAUAAGUGUUGUGAAAUCUGAAUUAGAAGAGAUUCUUGAUAGCCUAAAGGAUCUUUUAGAACAGACAAAAUAUCUUGGUUUGAAAAAAGUUGACCAUAUAACAAGAUUACAUAGACCACAUGCUCCUUUGCUAGAUGAUUCACAGGUUUAUGGAAGAGAGGAUGAUAAAGAUGCUAUUCUCAAGUUAUUGUUGUGUGAUGAUGAUGCUACUAGCCCAAACAUCUCAGUUGUUCCUAUAGUUGGGAUGGGUGGAAUUGGCAAAACUACUCUUGCUCAGAGCGUAUAUUACGAUGCCAAUGUCGAGAAACACUUUGCUUUGAAAGUAUGGGUAACUAUAUCUGAUGAUUUUGAUGUUUGUAAAAUAAGUAACAUUAUUUUUGCGAAGAUCACUGGCAAAAGAAAUGAAACAGAUGAGCUACAUCAACUUAUGAAAGACUUGAAGGAUGCUUUGGCUGCGAAGAAAUUUCUUUUUGUCUUCGACGAUGUAUGGAAUGAAAAGUAUGAGUUGUGGGAUCUUUUGAAAAGCUCUUUUCAAUCUAGUGCAAAAGGAAGCAAGAUUAUUUUGACCACACGUAAUGAAGAUAUCGCAUUGAAGAUGAAGACGGGAAAUGUUCGAAUUUAUGAGCUUAAAACCAUGUCUGAUGAUGGAUGUUGGCAGUUAUUUAAAGAACAUGCCUUCGAUAAUGUUGACCGUAACGAGAAGGUAUUGUUGAGGCAGUUGCAAGAUAUUGGAAGAAAAAUUGUCAAGAAGUGCAAGGGUCUUCCUUUAGCUGUAAAAUCAAUGGCUGGUCUUUUACGAUCGAUGCAAACUUGUCAAGAUUGGAUGCAUGUACUACAAAGUGAUGUGUGGAAAAGACACGAUUGUCGCGACAUCGAAAUUGUUCCUGCUUUGUGGUUGAGCUACCAAUUUCUACCUCCUUAUUUGAAGCCUUGUUUUUCUUAUCUAUCAAUAUUUCCCAAAGAUUACGAAUUUGGUGAUGUUGAUAGAGAAAAACUAAUUUUAAUAUGGAUGGCAGAAGGUCUUUUACAGCCUCAAGAAGGAAAAAGAAUUGAAGAUGUUGGAGAAGACUACUUGAAUGCUUUAAUAUCAAGAUCAUUUUUUCAAAGAAACAUAAGAAAUUGUUCUUUUUCCAUGCACGAUCAUAUUCAUGAUCUUGCUAUCUAUGUAUCGGGUCAGAGUUGUCGCAUAUAUGACAGAUGUAGAAAAGACUUGCAUAAGCUAAGUAGCAAGACUCGCCAUCUAUCUUACAUGGAAAACUUGGAAUAUAUAGAAGAAUUUGAUAGCCUAACAACAAUGAAGAAUUUGCGCAGCCUGAUUGCAUUACCAUUACAGUCAAUGCCACCUUCAUUUCUUGAAACAUUUGUGCAAGAAGUUGUGUUAAGGAAUGGAGGACUAAGAGCUCUUUCUUUUGUUGGAGAGCAUAUUGAUUCGAUUAGAAAUUUAAAGCAUUUGAGGUACUUGGAUGCAUCGAAUACUAUAGUCAAAGAGUUACCUGCUUCUAUUUGUGUGUUGCACAAUUUAGAAACACUGUUGUUGAGGCGCUGCUUUAUCACAGAGUUGCCAGAUUCGAUUGGAAAUUUAAAGCAUCUUAGGUACUUAGAUGUAUCUGACACAAAACUCAAAGAGCUACCUGAUUCUGUGUGUCUGUUGUGUAAUUUGGAAACACUAUUGUUAGAAUCUUGCAAAAAGCUCACUCUGUUGCCUACCAACAUAUCUGAGCUAAUUAACCUUCGCCAUCUUAACAUCAAACGAUCUUCACUAAAAGAGAUGCCGCCGAGGAUUUGCAACAUGAAAAAUCUUCAAAAAUUAAGUGAUUUUGUUUUGUGUAAAAAUGAUGGGUCUAGGAUCACAGAGUUGAGUAAGUUGGAUAAUCUCCAUGGACGUUUGUGUAUUUCAGGGCUUGAGCAUGUCAAAGAAGUGAGUGAUAUUGUAGAAGUCAACUUAAAGAACAAAGAGUAUCUCACUGAGCUUAUUUUGAAAUGGGAUGGUGAGGCAAAUGAUUCUAUUAGAGAAAGAGAAGUACUUACUGCACUCCAACCACAUGCAAAUUUGAAGGCACUCAGAAUUUUCGGUUAUAAAGGUACAAAAUUGCCUGAGUGGGUAGUAGAUCCAUUGUACUCUAAUUUGGAAGUAGUUUCUCUACACAGUAAAAAUUGUUGUUUGUCUUUAUUGUCAAUUCAACACCUGAGUUCAUUAAAAGUGAUUUAUAUUUACGAUAUGGCAAUCGAUAUACCUAAUGAAUUUUGUAAUAAUUCUAUGCAUAAUUCAUUUCGAGUUUUAGAAGAGAUACAUCUCACAAAGAUAACUACAUCAAAUUGGUCGUUUAUCAAUACAAAUUAUCAAAAGGGUGACAUUUUCCCUUGUUUGAAGAAAUUUGUUUUAGUUGGAUGUGGGAAGCUAAAUGUGGCAUUACCUAUGGGUAAUUUUCCAUCUUUGGAAAAGAUGUUUGUUUGUUAUUGUGAUGAAUUGGUGACUGUAUUUCCAUCCAGUACUGAUAUUGAUGUUGCAUAUCCCUCCCUGAGGACAAUGUACAUAAGUGGUUGUUCAAGGUUGGAGUCAGUUUCAGAAAUGGGAUUAUUGCCCUUUUCUUUGGAAAGUCUACAUAUUGAAUCAUGCAAUACAGUGAUCGAAAGUCGUAUGCAAUGGAAUUUACAGAGACUCUCAAAGUUGACUGAAUUAAGUCUUGACGAUUAUAGAGGAAUGGUGGAUUCAUUUCCUGAGGAAGGGCUGCUCCCAUCUAGUUUGACACAUAUUACCAUCAAGAACUUUGAUAAGCUUAUAGCUCUAAAUGCCAAUGGUUUUCACCACCUCACCUCACUUCAACAAUUGAAUCUUUAUAAGUUGGAAAAGUUCGAGUGCUUGCCAGUAGGACUUCCCCAUACUCUUACUAGUUUGCGUAUAGUAGAUUGUCCUCUGUUAAUUCCUCGGUGCAAGAGAGAAAUAGGAGAAGAUUGGCCCAACAUUCAACACAUACCUUACAUAAUCAUAGAUAAUCAGAGAGUUCGUUGAAUGAGGUGAGGACUGAGGAGCCAUUGGUGUUGAUGACUUCACUAUUCAAUCUUAUGAGUUAUGAUGUCUUUGGCCUAGUGUCGCGCUGCUCCUUCGGUUACUAUGAUGUCUAUGAGUCAUCUGUUUUGUAUUUGUAGUUUUCUUUUUUCGGUUUCUGGUUUGUGUGUGGAUUUCCUUUGUCUUUGUUGUGUGGGAUUUGUUACCACGGUAUUCUUCUGCCACAAGUGAAGUUAUUCAAUAAUUCAGGAAGAGGUCACUCAUGGACAUGUGAUCCUAUUCCCUUCUUAAAAAGAAUAACACAAAUUGUUGUUUAAUAAGAAUGAAAGUGUAGUGAAUUUCAGUGUCUCUUCUUCA